UGGGGCGGGGGGUGGCCGCGGAAGGAGCUGUGGGCAGCGACCAGGCCCUAAACUCUCUGGCGCGGGUUCGUUUUUCCAGCUUUACCGUCCCAGCUUUGUGCCUCUGGGGGCUGCCACCGUACCUACGAUGUCUGCGGCGUAUCCGGGCGCCUCCGUCUUCCUCCCCGUGGCCCAGUCGGUGGCCGGGGGGCUCCCCAUGGCGUAUUACCCCGUGGGACCCGUGUACCCGCCGGGCUCCACGGUCCUGGUUGAAGGUGGCUUCGAUGCUGGAGCAAGGUUUGGAGCUGGUGCAGCACCCAGCAUCCCUCCCCCCCCUCCCGGGUGCCCCCCCAACGCCGCCCAGCUGGCCGUCAUGCAGGGAGCCAACGUCCUGGUGACGCAACGCAAGGGAAACUUCUUCCUGGGCGGCUCAGACGGCGGCUACACCAUCUGGUGA